GCAUGGAUCAGCGAUUUCGGAAGCAUUAAAGUAUAUCGCUCCCCGCCUCUCGCAGCGUCGCGGCGCUCCGCAUCUUCUGGGUUGACAGGAAAAGCAAGCGAGAAGCAGAGCAUCAUGUCUGAACCCAAAUCAGUCGCCAUCGUGGGCGCUGGCAUUUUUGGCCUCUCUUUGGCCGUUGCUCUGAGCAAACGUGCGUACCGCGUAACAGUGUUGGACAGAUACUGUUAUGAUGAGACGCACUAUGAGCCCGACUUGAAUGGAAAUACGCAGGCUGCCUCGGUAGAUCACAACAAGAUCUUUCGAGCUUCUUACGGGAGCAAGCUUCAUUACCAGCGUCUAGCAUUUGAAAGUCGUGCUGCAUGGGAGAAGAUCAACGAGAAGAGGCACCAAGAAGAUCAUGAAUCAGAUCUCUUCAGCGGGAGUGGCAUGCUCCGAGUUCAGCCCACCGCCGAACUCGAUCCACUUGAGCGUGAGACACUGAGCAACUUUGAACGAGACGGCCUCAGAGAUACUCAAUUCGUCAAGAGCGACCCGACUGAUCGAGCUCGAGCAGCUGAGCGUGGAUGGGAAGGAAAGCUUCUGGAUUUCGAAAUUCCACAAGCCUUGCCUACUCAGACUUACGAAGCUGUUCUGGACUCAACUGCAGGAUUCACAAAAUGCAGCGAAGCCUGUGCCUAUUUCUACAAGUUGGCUCUCAAACAGGGCGUUGAGUUUCACUUUGGCCCCGGGAAAGGUACCUUUGACAGUAUUAUCGAAGAAGUUGACUCACCAUCACACCUGAAGAAGGCAGUCGGGGUCAAGACCAAAGACGGAGUCCUUCAUAAAGCGGACGUGGUUGCCAUUUGCGCUGGAUCCUUCUCAACGCAGCUAUUGCCUGAUUUGUCCUACCACCUUGAGUCGUCUGCAGGAAGCGUAGUCACCUUCAAGGUGGACAAGAACAGCGCAGAUUUGUGGGACAAGUACUCCCCUGAACGCUUCCCGGUCAUCACUUGGAAAAGUGCACCACGCAAUCCGAGCGGUAAAGACACCGGCAGUGUUUACGUUUUUCCUCGGACUGCCGAUGGUCUCAUCAAAAUCGGGUUCCGAGGCAUCAAGUUUACCAACUUCCAACAUGCGCCUUCAGAGGCGGGCUUCACUCAGGACGGCCAGUGGAGCGUGCCUCUCCCGCCCGCUGAUUGCAGCAUAGUCCCAGACCCUGCGAGGGAGGCCAUUCGAAAGUUCGUCUCCAUCUUCCUCCCGGAGUUCGCCGACAAGGACUUCAAUUCGACUAAGCUAUGCUGGUACACCGACUCAUUGGACAACUCUUUCGUUAUCGACCAUGUGCCUACUUAUUCCGAAGGAUCUGUCUUCGUCGCGACUGGAGGCAGUGGACACGGUGCCAAGUUCCUUCCCGUGCUUGGCGAGCACGCAGCCGACAUUUUGAUGCAUGGUGAUCAGAGUACUUCCUUCAUGAGGCAGCACUGGCGCUGGAGGGACAACAUUCGCAGGGGCAACGGCCUAGAGGAGGGCCCUGAGGGUCCGAGAAAUAUUGGAGGAUCAAAGGAGGCUUAG